AGUAAGACACCAGCACAAAAGCGAGACAUUCACUGUGACAUUCGUCGUGAUAUUCUGUGGCCGUUGCACGACAUGGCUUCCAGGAAAGUCAACAAGGCACUAGCCACGUCCAAGAUGAAACCUGUGAUUGCUCUUGCACCGCCCGGGGAGGACGACACCACAGUAACAUCUAUGUUGCUCCGGAUCCCCAAGAAGAGUCGACCGAAGCAAACCGACACUUCUCGUGCACGUCCCGCUGCAUGUCCGGAAUGUUCGGCAGUUCCUGUUGCGAGAGAACAAGCGGAAACUGUGCACCGCAUUUGCCAAGCCGUACGAAGCGUGUCGGACACUGCAAUUGCCUGUUCUUCCAGGGUGACACGAUAUUGUAGGACCUGCGGCUCUCCCGUAACAUACCCCGAUUCUUCACCGUUGAAGAUCCGUAAUAUCUACGACCGGUCGUUAAGACCAGGUCACGACCAUCCGUUCCAUGAGCUUUGCUCUCGUUGUGGAAGUCUUACUGUCUCCCCAAGUCAGCAGGAUCCUCCCCCUCUGCGCGCUAUGGACGAUUCGGCAAGCGACACGUUGUCUUGGAGUCUUAUGAAAAUACAAGACGGUAUCCAGAUGUUCACUAAUCUUGCUAGUGCAAUGUCCAAUAAGGAAAGCUGUGAAGCGAUGCAACUCCCCGGUAAUGUAGGUUGCCCGUUAUUGCACUCCAACUCAAGGAGAGUGUCGUCAGAAGAGAGUGAAGACGUUAUAUAUGUUGAAGCUCGCGAUCGAAGGAAAUCUGCUCGGAUGAUGAGAGCGGCCAGCAUCACAGACAUCAAGCACUCCGACGAGGCUCCAAUGACGUAUAUUGCAUCCUGCGUAACGCAGAGAAGCUCUUCAUCAAGGAAAGCAGCUGAAGGACCCGAGGAAUAUCUACCUGUUCAGUCUUACGCGUUACAGCGGCCUCGAGUUGAACGAAUCCGCGCCACCAGCGUGGCGACCGCAGAUUUGGACAAAAGUCCAUCGCAGUUGGCACACACGGCUCGUCUGGAGGCCUUCCAAGAAGUGAUUGGUCAGCCCUCACUACCUGCAACGGGGUCCAGUCGAAUGCACCCGCCAGGUUAUGAGAGGGAUUUCGUUCCGAAAGUAGUGGGAAGUCACGGCCCAGAAGUUUCCAAGAGUGACAGUGAGAUAACAGUGAACAUACGAAUUGUCUACAAAGGGUCGCAAGAAUCCCUUGCGUCAGCUGCGUCAUCAGUUCGGGCGCGUUCGACCGAUGAAGGAGCGAGCUCAAUCAAGGAACUUAAACCUUCCAUGCGACAUGAAGGGGUACUGGCUGAGCAAGCUGUUAAACUGCCAAGGCAUCGGGUUGAGCCAGAGGAACCGUGCGUUAAGAAGCCGUCAAGGAGGCGUGCAUCGGAAGAGAAAGGCAAAAAGGAAGUAUUGGAAGACGAGGAGAAGCUCUCCUCAGAGUUCAAACGGGAGACGAAAGAAGAAAAACAAAAAACGACUGGUGCUGAGCAUCCUGAAGGUGCCAAGCAGAAACCGGCAUCGAAGCGAAAGAUGUCAAAGGGGAAGCAUCGCACCGAGUUGUCAGAAGCUUCCACCAUUGAAGAAACCGAAACAUCGGGCGCGAUCAGGGGACGAAGGAAAGACUCCACGAAGGGCGAUGCCGUCAAAGCGUCGAAAUCAACCAGAGAUGUAAGCGAAGACGACCUUAAAGGCAAAGGAAAAGCCAGGCCUAGGCGCAAACGAAGGGCGUCGGUUUCCAGAAAGAGAAAGAGUGCUGGCGAGAGCAGCGCUAUGAGCACCCUCGAAUCAUUGACUACGGAAUCACAAUCUGCAAAAAUAUCUAAAGACAAAGACGUGUCAAAGGAGAAAGGAGAAAGUUCCGAACAGCAACCAACCAAAGGAGGCUCGAAGGAAAAACUUGGAAAGUCCAAGAAGAAAGGCCAAGAGAUAGACAAGACCGAAAAUCUGCCAUCUAAACCUACAGACGCAUCUGCAGAAAAAAAGUCAGACGAAUCAAAAGAGAAACCGAGGAAGUCCAGAAGGAAAAGUAAACAAACAGAACUGAUGUUGUCACAACCAGUAGAGUCGAAGCCACCGGAGAAAAAGGCAGAGGAAUCAUCAGAGAAGAAGGCUGACGAAACAAAGCUGAAAGAUAGCUCUUUGGCAAAACCUGUCGAAGGUACCCCUAAAGAACAGAAGACUCAAGAGACAGAUAAACCUCAUCCUCUCCGACGCCGAAGCGUGCAAAUCGACGUCGGUGCUGAUGAAUGUAUGACUUCAGCUAUGCAAACGGACAUCACCGUUGCUGGUCCUACGCUGCGCAGGGAAUCCAAAGGCUCAGUCGAUUCGACUUCGCCCAGAAGGAGGAGGAGGUCACUCGCACGAAUGAGACGGCGCUGUAAGUCCAUAUCAUCGGCCAGCGGGACCUCGUUGACCUCUUCAAAAUCAUCCGAAGACGUGUCUUCGAAGGAAUCUGUAUCGUCUGAAACACCGCAAAAGGAAGAAAAGAAAAAAACGCCAAAGAAAGAGGAUAGAAAGAAAGCAGUGCCUCCCUCAGAAGACAAAACAAACGGGAAGAGAAAAGGGAAGCCGUUAGCGGUUGUAGCCAAAGAGGAGAGACGAAGCCCGCGACCCGAGGUUUCACCACAGGCAAAACCCGUCAAGAGAGAUGUCAUGCAGCAUGGGAAGGGCAAGAUGGCGCAGAUGAUUCAAUCACCGCUAACGAAACCUGGACAGCCAAUUUCGCCGUGGACAAUGGUGCCCCCUAUGUGGGACGAAAAUGCACAACUGCUUGCUAACAAAAGUAUGAUGAUGGAGAAGAUUGGGCAAGCACAGCAGCAGAACAUGGCACUGUCUCAAUUUAAGCCUUUAGUACAGCCUGUUGCUCGUGAUUUUACCACGCCUGUUCCACAGCCUGUCUCACAACAGCUGCCGCAGCCUUGGCCUCAUCCAGGUACGCCAGCUUUGAAGAGCACAGCGUCAAAACGAACAGUUGACGUUUCGCUAAUAAUCGAGAAAGCAGUACCCUCUACCAAGCAUGCGAUCGAUACCAAAGCUAUCGAGCCUGACUCGCGGAACGAGGCUCCAGCUGCUCAGCCUGAUGUUCCCACUAAGGCGGCACAAGAUAACAUCAAGCUGCCUUCCAAGACCAUUGACUCCGAGACAGGCGUAACCAUUAAGAAGCCAGUGGCUGAACCAACCAGGGAAUAUCAAGUGCUUGACGCUUCUGUAGAAGGCGUGGAAGCAGAAAAACAGGGGCCUUUAAGACAAGCAACCCAGGCUUCUACGACGGAUCAGCCUAGAAGACAAGCAAUCCAGGCUUCUACGACGGACCAGCCUAGAAGACAAGCAAUCCAGGCUUCUACGACGGACCAGCCUAGAAGACAAUCAAUUCCAAAAGACACAGAAGCCGUCAAAGAUGGAAGACCGCAAAGCACAGCCGCCUCAAAACCUUUCGAUGCAACAUCAGCGACAGCGGGUCAUCCUUCCGAUACGCACGACAAGAAGUCCAUUGAGUCCAUAGUCAUAGAAGAAAUGGAGGUACUCACGGCAGAGCUGUCCCAUAAGUUACAGACACUCAAGCAUGAGAGGAAGAAGACAAAAGGGAAGAAACAAGUCAGUAAUAAUUCUCAGGCAAGAGCUAUUCCUGUAGGUGGCGUUUCCCUUGCCAAAGAGACAGCACCGUCUGGUGGUCCCGAAGACGAGUCACCUGACCAUUCGCCGCAGCGAAGCCAUUUGUCCGCCCUUCCUGGGCACGAUCGUCCAGAGACGGAGCAAAGUCAACCGGCCACUAACCGUAACGCGUCGAGGGGCCCCCGUAAAUAAUGUCUCGAUACAUGUACUUUCAGUUUAACGGACACCGCGGAGUUGCUGAAGGUACCCCUAUAUGAAGGUGGCUUAAUGAAGCUAUUUCACCGCUACCUUUUACACACAGAUUCUUCGCAGCCAUUGAAGAAACACUGCUCAAGAGGCCACCUUCGGAGCCUAUUACCAUGAAUGUUUAGCCAUCUGAAUAGCUUCAUUCCCGGCGCCUAUUAUUGUUAUUAUUUUUGGAACAAGUUUGGAACCCUAUAGCUAUGACAGGGCAUUAAAAUUGUGUAACGCA